CCGCAGCAUGCCGAUGUGAGGGCAGAAUUCAGAGACUCGUACUAUCAUUGCAACCCUGGACUGCCUACGUCCCCCUCACUGCCAUCCUACAUGAGGAGAGCGGAGAAGCCCGAGGGGCACAGACAGAUGAGACCCAAGACGUUCCCCGCCAGCAAUUACAGCGGCAACAGUCAACAAAUGCUGCAGGAGAUACGGAACAGCCUGCGCAACUUGUCCAAACCCUCAGACCCUCCUAAAGUGGACGCGGGUGCACAGGGAAAAAUCCCAGACGAUCCGAGGCAACAGGGACGCGGCAGUAACCCCAAACACCCCUACCACAAGGCCCUGCAGGAGAUCCGCAAGUCUCUGGUGCCCUUCGAAGUGAGCGGUUCGUUGCAUAAUGAGUCCAGCACUUCGGGCCCUGACAUAAACAAGCAGAUGCUGCUGGACGCCCCUGGGUUUGAGGAGCCGAACGGCCGCCGGGUCCCGCAUGCCUCAGACUACAUGGUAAAGGUGAACUAUCACGACGCGGUGAGGGAGCAGACGGGUCUCGCCAACCCCAACUCCUCUGGCCUGAAAGCUCCAGGGUCCUCUCACAUGCAGCAGGCUGUGCUGAGAAGGCCGAGCUGGAAAGGCUCUAAGGACGCCCCGCUGCCACAUCUGAUGCGCAGUGUCACUCCUCCUCCGAAUCGCGGGGCCAUGCCUCCUGGCUCCUCCUGGGACAGCAACCCAUCAACCAAGCCCUAUUCUGGGAAUCUGGAGUAUCUCACACCCCGCAUAUCUCCGGUGCCCCAGGGGGCCUGGCCCGAUGGCUACUCUGCCCCGGCAGCCCAGGCCCAGCGGGGGAUCAGCCCCGGGCCCGUGGGCCACCAACCCAUCAUAAUGCAAAGCUCAGGAGGAACCAAGUUCACCUUCCCUUCCAGCUGGACUCAGAACGGCAACCCCCAGUCGGACUACAUGCCCGGGGGCAGCAGGCAGCCCCCGCCCCCCCCGUAUCCCGUCGGUCAGAGCAGCCGGCACAGCCCCACAGACCAGCAGGCGGGGGGACCGGCGUCCUCCCCGUCUUACCUCAACGGCGGCAACAUGCCUCAGUCCCUGAUGGUCUCCAACCGCAACAGCCACAACUUCGACAUGUACAACCUGGGUCCUCCCCAGUCCUGGUCCCAGGCUCCCCACGCCCCUAACCAGCCCCAGUCCUCCUCUGGCGCCAGCGGCAACCAGGACCUGUCUCCCUCCUGGCAGCACAACCUGCCGGUCCGCUCCAACUCCUUCAACAGCCACCAGCUCAACGGCCGCGCCGCCCACCCGUCCGGCUCGCAGCCGUCGGCCACCACCGUCACCGCCAUCACGCAGGCCCCCAUCCUGCAGCCCGUCAAGAGCAUGCGCGUCCAGAAGCCCGAGCUGCACACCGCCGUGGCGCCCACGCACCCGCCCUGGAUGCAGCCGGCGCCUCCGGUUGCCCCCGCCUACACGGAGCCCCCCCCGCCGCCGCCACCGCAGAUCCCCGCCGCCGCCGCCGAGGCGCCCAGCUACCAGGGCCCGCCCCCGCCCUACCCCAAGCACCUGCUCCAGCAGCAGGCCGCGCCCGGCCCCCCCGCCUACGACGCCGGCGCCGCCAGGCCCGCCGCCGGCCGGGAGGAGGCGCCCGAGGAGGAGAGCGGCGGUGGCGAGAACGGGCGAGGAAAGGCGCCGGAAAGCCCCGAGAGCAGCGCGGAGAGGGAGAGGAAGCAGAUCACCACCUCGCCCGUCCCCGUCCGCCGGAACAAGAAAGACGAGGAGCGGCGGGGCGAGUCCGGGAGACUUCCUCUGUACUCCCCGCAGGCCUUUAAGUUCUUCAUGGAGCAGCACGUGGAGAACAUCCUGAAGAACCACCAGCAGAGGAUCCGCCGGAGGAAGCAGCUGGAGAGCGAGAUGCAGAGGGUGGGCCUGUCCUCAGAGGCCCAGGAGCAGAUGCGGAUGAUGCUCUGCCAGAAGGAAUCCAACUACAUCCGGCUCAAGCGCGCCAAGAUGGACAAGUCCAUGUUCAAGCGGAUCAAAACCCUGGGCAUCGGAGCCUUCGGCGAGGUGUGCCUGUCCAGGAAGGAGGACACGGGCUCGCUGUACGCCAUGAAGACGCUCCGCAAGAAGGACGUGCUGCUGAGGAACCAGGUGGCGCACGUGAAGGCCGAGAGGGACAUCCUGGCCGAGGCCGACAACGAGUGGGUGGUGCGGCUCUACUACUCUUUCCAGGACAAGGACAACCUGUACUUUGUCAUGGAGUACAUCCCCGGGGGGGACAUGAUGAGCCUGCUCAUCCGGCUGGGCAUCUUCAAGGAAGAACUGGCCCAGUUCUACAUCGCCGAGCUGACCUGCGCCGUGGAGAGCGUCCACAAGAUGGGCUUCAUCCACCGCGACAUCAAGCCGGACAACAUCCUCAUCGACCGGGACGGACACAUCAAGCUGACCGACUUCGGCCUCUGCACCGGCUUCCGCUGGACACACGACUCCAAGUACUACCAGAGCGGAGACCACGUGCGGCAGGACAGCAUGGACUUCAGUAAGGAGUGGGAGGACGCGUCCAGCUGCCGCUGCACUGACCGGCUGAAGCCGCUGGAGCGGCGGAAGGCCCGGCAGCACCAGCGCUGCCUGGCCCACUCGCUGGUGGGCACGCCCAACUACAUCGCCCCCGAGGUGCUGCUGCGGACAGGCUACACCCAGCUGUGCGACUGGUGGAGCGUGGGCGUCAUCCUGUACGAGAUGGUGGCCCAGCUGGGCGCCGAGGCCUCGGACCUGAUCGUGCAGCUGUGCCGCGGCCCGGAGGACCGGCUGGGCCGCAACGGCGCCGACGAGAUCAAGGCGCACGCCUUCUUCCAGAGCACCGACUUCUCCAGCGACCUGCGGCAGCAGGCGGCGCCCUACGUGCCCACCAUCGCCCACUCCACCGACACCUCCAACUUCGACCCGGUGGACCCGGACAAGCUGCGCAGCUGCGAGGCCGACGGCAACCACAACGACACGCUGACCUGCUGGUUCCGCAACGGCAAGCACCCCGAGCACGCCUUCUACGAGUUCACCUUCCGCCGCUUCUUCGACGACAACGGCCACCCCUACAGCUGCCCCAAGCCCAUCCGCUACGAGGGCUACGAGGAGGACCAGCCCGCCGACAGCGAGCGGCCGGAAGAGGAGGAGGAAACGCGGGGCCGAGACCUGGUGUACGUAUAG